AUGAGAGCUGUUACAUUUAUAAAGAGAAUAGAAUUUGAAUUUACUGGCAAUAUAGCAAGGAAAGCUUUGACUUUAGGAGAUAUUGAUAAUGAUGGAUAUAAUGAAUUAAUUGUAGGAAAUCAAAAUGGUGUUGUAUCAAUAUUUAAAGGUGAAGAAAAAAUACAAACUAUUUCUAAACUGAAUUUCAUAAGUUGUGUAGCUGUUGGAGAUAUUAUGAAUCAGAAUCAAAAUGUAUUGAUAAUUAUAACUGCUGAUGGUUGGUGUUACCUAUACGCUUAUCCAGAAACAUCAUCAAAUAAUACGGACCAAGCAGUAGAAGAAGUCGAUGGUCCACUUCAGUCUUUAUCUGUAUCUGAGGGUACUGAAGCUUUUAGAAAUGUUUAUGUGUCUUCUACUCCAUCACCGGCCUAUAAAAAGGAGAAGGCUGAACUUAUUUGUAUCCAUGAACAAAGGAUUCCUGCGAAUACAAAGGAUAUAGUAAUUGGAGAUAUUGAUGGUGAUGGUAAUGUGGAGAUGGUGCUAGGACUCACUGAUCGCGUUGUUAGAUCUUACAAAUGGAUCUCAAAUCAAAAUUUGUCGCCACUAAAUAUAAGUGGAAUAACUGGUCAAUUCGAUCCUUCUCAUAAAAUAUUAGGAAAAUUUGUGGCGGUGAAUAAAUGGGAGUGCGCCAAUCAAAUAGGGUCCAUAACUUUACACCAUGCGUUAGAUGGAACACCAUCAAUACUAAUUGCUCAACCAGGAGGAACUUUCAUGAGAAUCAAAUGUCAGUUCGAUGAUAUAACAGCGGAAGAAUGUUUGGAAAGUUCAAUUCGUAGUAAUUCGAGCAGCAGUUCUACUACCGAAAAUAUUUCUAGUUCCAUUGAUUAUCAAUUUCUUGGAAUAUCUCGGAUGCGAAAUCAAAAUAUAUCCACUGAAAUUCUGGGAGAUCUUCAAUGUUCCCAGUAUAAUAAUGUCGAAAAUUUUGAGACAUCCCAGGAAGGUUCUACUGCCAAAGGAAAACCUUACGCUUUAGCAACUCUCGAUGGCACCAUUAUGCUGGUUCAAGAUGAAGUAAUUCUAUGGGCGAUAGCAGUGGACCAUCAACUUUUCGCUUUAACAAAAUUAGACGUAACAGGAAAUGGAUCGGAUGAUAUAGUUGCUUGUUCUUGGGACGGUGAAACGUACAUACUAGACCAAGCGAAAAAUUCCGUUAGGUUUCAUUUAGGUGAAGCUGUACAAGCUUUCCAUAGCGGAUACUAUAAUAUUACUCUAAAUGCGCCCGAUGUUACUUGCUUUGUUUAUGUAAAUUUCAAAAAUACUGUUAUCAUCUAUUACGAUCUCCCGAUUAAAGAACUUACUUGUACAACAUUUGUACCGGAUCUUGUUAAAAUGAGUGAAAUUUUCAGAAGAGAUGACCAAAACCCGGAAGAAGCUUUGGAAAUUGUUGAAAAUUUUGAUAGGAAACAACGAAGAGAACUUGUAGAAUAUCUUUUAUACAAUGUAAAUUGAAAAAAAAAAUGUUUUUAAUAUUAAAAGGAAUCAAGUAAAUUAGUUUGCAGAAAAAACUGUCAUUGUAAAUAAAUUAUUACAUUAUAACA